CACUGCUCGACGUCCACCCUCGCAGUUAUACGACAGGACGUGUCCAAGUUCAAGAUAUGGCGGAAGACGGAGAUGAUGGCGGCUUUCUAGCUAUGGACCUUGGGUCCUCAGACUCUGAGUCCGGCGCUGCACCGGAGGUGAAGGUACCCCGCGAUUUUCAGUCGCAGGAGGACUACGAGGCGCAAAAGGCGUCAUGGAAGCCUACGAUCGACAAUGGAGAGAUCUACAAAACUCUCGACCUCCCUAUAAACAACCCCUCGAAGCAGCAGUUCCAGAGCAUCAUCCAUGCUAUCGAGCAGUUAUACUUUUACGACGAUUUUCGCGCGGCCAGUGAGCUAGCUGAGAAGGCGCUAGAGGGAGACUUGGAGGGGGAUUAUAAGAAGGCGAUUGAGUCAUAUCAUACACGCUGUGUGGCAAAGCUGAAGGAAUGGGGGAGUCUACAAAAAUCAUGAAGACUUUCUAUAAGCAAUUGGGAGGGACUUAUGAGAUGGAGUUAUGGAGUUAUGGUGGAGCACUACAUUGGCAUAAUGGAUAUGAGCAUUUUGGGCGUACGCUAGUUUAUAUAAUAUUUACCCA